UAUUGAAUGACUGAUUGAAUUACCAUCAUAAAAUUCGGGUAUUAACUAGAUACAUCUGAAAAAUUAAAAAACAUGUAAAAUAAGAAAAAGCGUAAAAACGCGAUGCGGGUAUGGGUAUCAUAUCAAGUCAGUAGGUCAUGAUCCUCCCCUGUAGAGUAAACUUUUUUCUCCCUUUCAAUUUUUUUUUUUUUUUUUUUUUUUCCCACGUUUUUCUUCGCAAUUGUUCACGCUGGGAAGAGCCAAAGCGGUCAUUAUUAUUGUGUAACAAUUUAGGUAUGUCCUCAGUCGUCUUCAGGGACGAACUGUCCAUUAAGUCUUUGCGGGUCUAGAAGUCGUGUCGGUCGUAAAAUAAGAUGAGUGAAGAAU